AUGAAUACAUAUAAAGAUAGAGAUUUAAUGGUUGAUGGUAGUAUGGUGUAUUGUCGUCCUCAUCGUUCAGAAUCUUGUUCUGAAUGUAAUUUAGACUUAAGUCCUUUGAAUUCUCUCUACAAAGCUCUUUCACAAGUACACGGUGAUAUCCCACCUCCGAAUGCCUUAAAUCCAAAUAUUGCAAGACAAAUUUCGAGUUUAAGAGAGAAUGGAAAUAAAAAUCUUAAAGAACAAAAUUUUGAUGAAGCAAUAAAAUAUUACACUUAUGCAAUUGAAUUUUCUUUUCAAAGACCAAUAUGGGAACCCCAUGAAUUGACAGCACAAGAAGUUGCAUACUGCUUAGGUAGAAGGUCAUUAGCUUAUAUAAGUAUCAAGUCUUUGGUAAACGCUUAUGUUGAUGCGGAAUGGGGAAUUAGAAUUAAACCUGAUUCUGUGGAAUGCCUAGAAUUUGUACCAAAUGAUGGAAAUUUUAAAAAUGUUCUGGAAGAAGCAUUGGAAAAAGCAUUAAAAUUAGCGAAAAAUAAUUAA